UAUGAUUUAGCUAUUUAGAACAACCCUGAAAAUUCCGACUAUUAUUAUAGCAAAGGUAUAGUUUAUAAGUCAUAUUACAUAGGGUCUACUUUAGAGAAAAUGAAUAGAUUUGAAGAAGCAUUAGAAUAUUAUGAUAUAGCUAUUUAAAAAGAUAUCGAAAAUUCAAACUAUUAUUUCAACAAAGCGACUACCUUAUAUAAAAUGGAUAGAUUAGAAGAAGCAUUGAAACAGUAUGAUUUUGCUAUUGAGAAAAAUUCUAAUAAUUCGAACUAUUAUGAUAAUAAAGCUGAAACUUUAAAGAAAAUGAAAAGAUAUAAUGAAGCAUUGGAAUAAUAUGAUAAAGCUAUUUUAAUCAGUCCUUAAAGUUCCUAUUAUUAUAAUAACAAAGCGAUUACUUUAGAAGGAAUGGGUAGAUUGGAAGAAUCGUUAGAAGCAUAUGAUUUAGCAAUAAAGUAAGACCCAGAAAAUUCAGAAUAUUAUUUUAAUAAAGGUAAACUUUACUCAGGAUAUUUCAAAGCAAUUACUCUAAAUAAAAUGAAUAAAUUUGAAGAAGCACUCUUAUAUAAUGAUUAAGCGAUUUAGAAAAACCCUGAGAUUUCCGACUAUUUUAAUAAUAAAGCGGAAACUUUAUUUAAAAUGAAAAAGUAUAAAGAUGCACUUUAAUUUUUUGAUUAAGCGAUUUAGAAAAACUCUGAAAAUCCCUUGUAUUUAAAUAAUAUGGCGAUGACUUUAGAUAGAAUGAAUAGAGUUUAAGAGGCGUUGCAAUAUUACGAUAAAGCAAUUUAGAAAAACCCUGAAAAUUCAGAUUAUCUUAGGAAUAAAGCUGAUUUGUUAAAUUAAAUGAAGAGAUUUGAGGAAGCACUUUAUUAUUAUGACUUGGCCAUUAAAAAAAAUCCUGAAAAUGCAAAUCAUCAUUAUAAUAAAGGUACAAUUAAUUUUGAAAAUUUUCAAAGCGGCUACUUUAGAUGA